GGAGGCGGACCCAGGCGGCGGCUGGCGCAUGCUCCAGCCAUGGCUGCGCCGGGGGAGACGCUGAGGAAGAGGAGGGGGGUGGGGGGAGCCUCCAAGCCCCCCCCAGCGCCCAGCCACGAGGAGGGGGGGCAGGCGCCCCCCGCCCGCCUCCCGCUGCGCCCGGGCACCUUCUGGCUCAGCAGGAUCGUGCUCCUGCGCUGCAUUGCGCUGCUCUACUUUGUCGCUUUUUUGGUGGCUUACCAUCAAAACAAGCAGUUGAUUGGGGAGAAGGGACUGCUGCCGUGUAAGCUCUACUUGCAGAACGUUAAACGGUAUUUCAAAGGAAAGAUUAACCUGGAUUCCUUGAGCUAUGCCCCAACGAUUAUCUGGUUCCUGGACUGGUCUGAUAUGGACAGCACCCUGGACUGCCUUGCUGGCCUUGGCUUGGGAGUUGCAGCGUACGUGUUGGUCACUGGAUGUGCAAACAUGAUCCUCAUGGGCAUUCUGUGGAUUCUCUACCUCUCAUUGGUGAACGUGGGACAGAUCUGGUAUUCCUUCGGAUGGGAAUCUCAGCUUCUGGAAACGGGGUUUUUAGGAAUAUUCCUGUGCCCACUUUGGACUCUCUCCCGAUUACCUAAGUACACUCCGCCUUCACGAAUUGUGAUCUGGGGAUUUCGAUGGCUCAUUUUCAGAAUCAUGCUUGGAGCGGGCUUGAUUAAAAUCCGAGGUGAUCGCUGCUGGAGAGAGUUGACCUGUAUGGAUUACCAUUAUGAGACCCAGCCUGUACCCAACCCACUUGCCUAUUACAUGCAUCGGUCCCCAUGGUGGUUUCACCAGUUUGAGACCUUAUGCAAUCACUUCAUUGAGCUGGUGGUGCCGUUUUUUAUCUUCAUGGGACGGCGCAUGUGCAUCAUUCACGGCGUGCUACAGAUUCUCUUCCAGGUGGUCUUAAUUAUCAGUGGGAACCUGAGCUUCCUCAACUGGUUAACGAUCGUGCCUAGCGUUGCCUGUUUUGAUGACCGCUGUGUGGGAUUCCUGUUCAGCUCCAAAGAGGGACGUGUGAAGGACCAAGUGUUGAAGAUACAAGCCGAACAGGCAGCAGGACAGAGGCUUCCUUUGAGAUACGGCUGCUACGUCCGCAAAGUGGUGAAUGUCUCUUUUGGACUCCUGAUCGCCUACCUGAGUAUUCCCGUCAUUCUCAACCUGCUUAAUUCCAGACAAGUCAUGAACACCUCCUUCAACCCGCUCAGGAUAGUAAACACAUACGGCGCUUUUGGAAGCAUCACGAAGGAGAGAACCGAGGUCAUCUUCCAAGGCACGUCUAGCCUGGACCCCAAUGAUCCCACUUCGGUUUGGGAGGAGUAUGAAUUUAAAUGUAAGCCUGGGGGGUUGAAGAGAAGGCCGUGCCUUAUCACACCGUACCACUACCGUCUGGACUGGCUCAUGUGGUUUGCUGCGUUCCAGACCUACGAACAGAAUGAAUGGAUAAUCCACCUGGCUGGGAAGCUGCUGGCCAAUGAAGAGGGAGCGUUGUCACUGAUAGCACUCAAUCCAUUUCAGGGCAAGGCACCACCAAGGUGGAUCAGAGGAGAGCACUUCAAGUACAAAUUUAGCCAACCAGGAGGCAAACAUGCCAGAGAAGGGAAAUGGUGGAUUCGAAAAAAAAUCGGGCCGUACUUUCCGCCGGUCAAUCUCCAGGGGCUGAAGACGUUUUAUAAUGCGAGGGACUGGCCUUACCCAGAGCAGAAUUGACGAGAGGAAAGUAAUAAACAGUGACCAAGAGCAA